AUGAGUUUGCUGACCACUGUUCUGGGCAAUAAGGAAAAACAAAAUCCACCAAGGCUCAAGAAGGGAACCUUACAAGUACAAAAGUUCAGGCGUGAGGACCCUAGGGGGCAUCUGAGGCUUGCUGUGCUCCUGGCCCUGCAGAGCUCACUCACUAGCCAGAGCUCUGCGCCUGGGAAUGGGGUCUUAGUGAUGAGUAAGGCCGAGUCCCACUCCUCACCUGUGGGUGCUCACCUCGUCUUAAUCCCAGUGCUUGCCCCAUUUUCUCCAGCCUCAGCUCCUCAUGACUUGUUUCCUGUCCAUAUUUUUGUGCACAUGUGA